AUGUGUAACACAAUAGCCGUAUCGGCGUCCGAAGGAACUCGCUCCGAACCGAGCAAGACUGUUAAAUCUACCGCGAGAAAACCGAAGAAACAAUACAAAAGUCCGGAAGUCGUACCGUCGGAGUGGGACCGCGAUUCCGUGAACUCUACAAAAUCAGAUAAGCCUAGAACGACUGCAAAAGACACAACAAACCAAGAAAAGGAUAUUGUGGGUAAAGAGGUCCGGACUAAUAAACCAAAGGUCGAAAAGCGCACAUCUGAAGCCACUACCACUAAAGUGAAGUCGACUGAAGGAGUUACCGCUGUCAAGCCUAAGGAUCCGAUACCGAGUGUCGAUCCGUUCAAGAGUGUCGAAAAGGUCUCCAAGCUCAUCGAUAAAGACUCGAUCAGUCACCUUUCCUUCAAGAAAAACGAUCGAGUUGAUUCGAUAGGUUCAGAACAAGGCCGUAUCGGUAACCUCCAGGGUAUUGCCUUGUUGACUAAAGACCUUACUGAGGACAGAUCAAAAACCGCUUCCGAUCAAGGUUCAGCGUCCAAGACUUUACCCGACAACGUUUCCAGUGCAGCGAUAACGCUGUUGAACGGUGGACAGACCUUUAACAGACCAAUCAGCCAAUCGACCCAGAAGAAACUAGAUAAUUAUUUCAUUCCUCAGGGUCGUACAGGCAGAUCGGUAUCCUCUCGCUCGUCCGAUCACCCAAACAGCUCUGCUCCCUCAGAAUCUUAUCAACCUAGCGAAGGCAGUGAUCUAGACAUCAUUACUGGAGCCACCGCCCAACUCUGGUCGAAGCCCAAGAUCUCACCGGUGCCCCUAGGGGACAACAUUCUACUAAGAUAUUGUCCAGCGCUUCAUCCGCUUCUUCAAGCGGUGAAGCUCAAUCGAGAAUAUUAUCGAAAAGCGGAGAGGAAAAACGACAAAGCCAUGAAGAUCGUAGCUCUCCGAGCAGCAGCGGGACUCCAGAACGAUUUGUCAGUCUCCAUGAACAAGGAGGAAUUCAUCAAGGUCUUCAAUUGGGAUCCGAUGUCGGAAUUUGACGAAUUCCAGAAAGGCGAGAAGGGUCAAGCAUUCCUGAACAACGGGAAGUUAGCGGUGACACCCACUCCACCUCCAGAAGUACAGAUGACUCCCCCAGAGUUCGAUACGAAUCUGAAUCAACGAUUGGAUUACCAACGGGAGAGCUACCAUCCUCAUCAACCGGAGGUAUACCAACCUCAACAACAGAUGUUUUACCACCAGAACGGGUAUUAUUAUCCGUACCCUCCAGCAAAUCCUUACUGGCAUCAGACGACUUACAAUCAAAACGGAUCGACUUAUCCGCAACACCAUCCACCACCUCAGCAGUGGAACGAGUCAAGUCAAGUUCAUCAAACAGAGGCAACGGUUCCGCAACCGCUACCAGAGAAGAACGAAAUGCCGAAUCACGACAAGAACGAGCAUUUCCAAAAGAGGAAGAAAAACAACAAAAGCAAGGAAGCUUCGAAGAAACCAAACUGGGUACCACCAGUAAAUCCCAAUCGAGCUCCUCGCUACUCGAGCGCAGCAAGCGCGAGGGAACAACGUCAAAGGUCUUACCAACUUUCGAUACAUCAGGAGAUGAUAAGACUCAACAGGACAACUCAAGCUCAAUAUCAGGCGCUAGAGUCCAUGCGAAGUCAGAACGCAGGAGUCGCGAAUCGUCGUCGACUCCAAGGGGAAGAUCAGACUCAAAGAAAUUAA